AUUAAAUCAAAAUGCCUUCAAAAUACAUGCAAUUGGCGAAGGAAAUCAUCAAAAAUUAUGGAACCAAGGGUCAAUUCGGAUGUGUUUCCGGAGCAGGAAAUGUGAGAGCAGUUCAUGCGGAGGAAGGAAAUCUACGAGUGGAAUUUGAAGUUGAGAAAGAUCAGUCAAACCAUUUUAACACUCUUCACGGUGGAUGUACAUCUACGCUCAUUGAUAUUUUCACUACUGGGGCUCUUCUUCUCACAAAACCAGCUAGGCCAGGAGUAUCUGUUGAUUUGCAUGUUACAUACCUGACCGCCGCUAAAAUUGGUGAGACCCUUGUGCUCGACUCCACCGUCAUCAAACAAGGAAAAACUCUUGCAUUCACAAAGGCAGAACUCUACCGUAAAAGUGAUAAUGUAAUGAUUGCAACUGGAGUACAUACCAAAGCAUUCCCAACUGUGAAGAAAGCAAACUAAUCAAUAUAUUCCAAGACAUGGAAAUUUGCGAUCCGUGCGCCAAAAAUACGGUAUCCGGUCUCGACACAAAAUGUUUUGGUUAAAUGAAAAAAGAAAAUCGCGAAAAAAAAUCAAGAGUUGGAAUUUCCAGUAAACUUUAAUGGCGCACACACCUUUUCCCGUUAUAAAAAAAGUUUUCGUGUCGAGACCGGCUACCGUGAUUUCUGCCCAAAAAUCGCAAAAUUUCGUGUCUGGAAUACCUCCUAAACAUAAUUCCUAGACACAAUUUCUAAUUUGAUCGUUUUGAAAAACAUUUCCCUUGUGUACAAAACUAUUAUUCCGCAAUAAAAUUGUAAAGAAUUCUU